GAUGAUUUUUUUAACAGUAGCAACAUAUUUAUGGUUAAUUGAGCACAUUAUAUAUUUGAACCGAUAAAGUUUAUUUUCGUUCAAUUACUGUAGACAUGCUCUUCAAAACAAAUAAAAAAAAGCUAUAAAACUGGAAACAAAAUAGAACACAUACAGUUUUUAAUAAGUGAUGAUGGAAUGGUACUCGCCAUUUGUGUGAUUUGCCGUGUGCGAUUCACACUCCAAACCAGCCGGUGGCGCUAAUGCGCUACAAAGCUAUUUACGAAGCCACGGAAGAAAAAACAGCUGGAGGUGCUAGCACGCUAGCAGCGUUAGCUUGUGUUCAGAGGACGGCUGUGUUUUGUCGGGAAUUUUGUGAGGUUUUUGGACAGAAAGGAUGACAAGUGGUUCGUAUCGGAACAUUUUUGAAGAGACGGAGAUAUGGUUCUGAUUUAUUUUUGUACGUAUCUCCUAUCGCAACCCAGAAGUAAACAGAACAAGGCCGCGCUAGCAGCGUUAGCUUGUGUUGUGAAGGCGGUGGUGUUUUGUUCGGACGUUUGUGAGGUUUCUUAAGAGAUUUAGCAAUACGUGGUUAGAUUCAAAACAAUCCUUUUAAGCUAAAGUGUCGUAAAUGAGCGAAUACGUGUUGAACGUAAAGACAACAUUGUGAGACUAGCAGAUGAUCGGAGCUGCUGCUGUUCGGAGGACUUUGGUGUUUGUUGGAGCUGAAGAUCUUUGCAGCUGCAGGAACCAUGUCUUCGCAUGCUCUGGAAGAUUCUGCCAUCGUCCAAAAUGAGCAGGAGCUCUGUGGUCAACGAAGACUGGUGGAUAUCUGCUGGAACCCGCAGCUUCAGCUCCACGUUAUUGUCCUUCCCCAGCAUCAUGAGACGGAAGAGAAUUUCAGAGUGGAACAGGAAGAACCAGAACGUCUGCAGAUUAAAGAGGAACCAGACCAACAAGAACCACCACAGGUUAAAGAAGAACCAGAUGAACUACAACCACCACAGAUUAAAGAACUGGAUGAACCAGAGCCUGCACAGAUUAAAGAGGAACCAGAUGAUCCAGAACACCCGCAGAUUAAAAAGGAACAGAAAUAUCUAGAACCACAACAGAAUGAAGAGAAAUGGAGGGUACUGAAACUACCACGGAUUAAAGACGACAUAGAAACGCUUGAUCUGAAGCAGGAGACUGAUUCCUCAAUGGAGAUUUCUACUUAUGAGGAAAAUGAGAAGAGUGAAGCAGAUCUAAAAAAUCAACAGAGCUUUAAUGUAACUGAUAGUCAGGAUGAAAACCCCACUUCAACUACGGAUGAAGAGAUAGACCCACAGAACAGAGAACAGGAGAUCCCAAGAGUCUGUAAAGAAUGCGGUAAAAGUUUUGGUUCCUUGUCUCAGCUUAGAUUUCACAUGCGAUUCCAUACAAAAUGCAAGCCAUUUGCUUGUAAAGACUGUCCUAAAAGUUUUAGUAAAUUAACUAAGCUUAAAUCGCACAUGAAAAUCCAUAAGGAAGAGAAGCGUUUUUCUUGUGAACAAUGUGAAUCAAAGUUUACUCGUAUGUCUAAUCUCAAAAUACACUUGCGAACUCACACAGGAGAAAAACCUUAUACUUGUGAAGAAUGUGACAAAAGUUUUUGUCGUACAUUUGAACUGAAAAGACACAUGAAAACUCACACCAGAAAGAGGCGUUUUUCUUGCAGAGAAUGUGACAAAACUUUUAUUGAUAGGUCUUAUUUCAAAACACACAUGAAAAUUCACACGGGAGAGAAUCAUUUUUUAUGUAAAGAAUGUGAUAAGAGUUUCAUUCGUUUGUCCCAUCUUAAAUCACACAUGAGAACUCACACAGGAGAGAAGCCUUUCUCUUGUGAAGAAUGUGACAAAAGUUUUGGUCGUAUGUAUGAGCUCAAAAGACACAUGACGACUCACACAGAGAAGCGUUUUUCCUGCAAAGAAGGUGAUAAAUCUUUCAGCGAUAGGUCUUCUCUCAAAACACACAUGAGAACUCACACAGCAGAGAAGCCCUUUUCUUGUGAAAAAUGUGCAACAAGUUUUAGUCGUGUAUAUGACCUCAAAACACACAUGAGAACUCACACAGUAAAGAACCCUCUUUCUUUAAAAGAUUGUGAUAAGACUACAUCGCAUCCUAAAUCACAUAUGAGACUUGACACAGAAGAGAAGCUUUAUUCUUGUAAAGAAUGUAAUAAAAAUUUCCAUCAUGCUUCUACUUUCAAAUCACACAUGAGAACUCACACUGGAGAGAAGCGCUUUUUUUGUAAAGAGUGUGAUAAAAGUUUCAGUAGAACACCCAGUCUCAAAACACACAUGAGAACUCACACAGGAGAAAGACCUUAUAUUUGUAAAGAUUGCAGUAAAAGUUUUACUGAACGUGCUCAUCUCAAAAAACACAUGCAAAUUCACACAAGAGAGACCUUUUCUUGUAAAGAAUGUGCUGCAAGUUUUAGGCAAAUAUCUGAUCUAAUUUCACACAUGAGAACACAUGUAGGACACGAACAUUUGUCUUGUACAGGAUUUUGUUUACACUCGUUAAUUAAAAAAGACAACAAAACUUUGCUGUGAACACAUACAGUAUAAAAUAAGACAUUUUGGGUUUACUUAAGAAGAGGGAAUUAUUGUCAAGAAGUAGAAUUUUAUCUUUAGCAAGAAAUAAACUGGAAUUUAAAACAGAACUUGUCCUAAUUGAAAAUGUUUUUAAUGUUGAUUUUGUUGUCUGGGUUUUUGCAGUUGAUUGCCAUAUAUUGCGUUCCGUUUUGGGAUUCUUUGCACACUUGUUCAGACGUCCUCAGACGUUACCUCUGGAAGACUCAAUGCAUAGUAAUAGCACGUGUGUGCCACGUCACAUGUCACGUGACAGCUGAUCCAGUAAUAUAUUUCGACAUGUCUUUUGAAACAGAAGUGCCAAAAAGUGAUUAUGAAGGGAAAAUCUGAGCAGAAAUCUGUGACACCAAGUCUUUUAUAUUUAGGGAUAGAGUUGUGAAAGAUCAAGUCUGGAACAAAAUGUGCUUUUUGACUUUUCUCACCAAACCUCUUCCAACUGCAGGUCAUUGGAUUGGUAUUGAGCAUCAACAGUCCAAUGUGGACACUAUAUGCCAAUAGCUCGUUCAAGAAUGACCGUUUAGCCCGUUCUUGAACGUACCACACAUUUUUGGUGUUAAUGUAGCAUCAGAGUUGAUUCUUCAUCUCUUGAAUGGCUUUUACCAGUUCAAAGGUAACAUUUGUUUUCCCAAGGGAAUUGUGUGUUGAUUUGAUUUUUAAAGACAUUUUGCUAAACAACAAUCAAAAAAUGUUUUUUUUUGUUGGUUGAUUUUUAUUUGUAGAUUUUUUUUUUGGUGUUAUUAUUUGGUUUAAAGUUGCUUAGUAGACCGUUGUGGUUUAUGCUACUUGUUUAGGUCUGUGUAUUACCAUGACAACAAUAGAACUAUUUUGUAGACAUUUCUAAUCCUAACACUUUUUAUGUUAUCAGUGAACGUUUUAGUUGGGUCGUGUAAGUAAGUAACCAUUUUGUGAAGAAAAAAAAAAAGUUAUAUUAAGAAGUCAGAUAAAGAAACAGACUGGUGUUUGUGUUGUUGUGAUUCCUGUUUUCUAGCAGAGAUUCGAAGUGUUUCUGUGUUCUAUUUAGUUGUCAGUGUUCUGUCUCAAUCUUUCCUGUGAAGAAUAAAGUGGACGUGAACAUCA